AGGGUGUGAGAGAGAGAGAGAGAGGCUGUAGUGACACCGCUCCUUGACGCGCCAGUGUCGUGAGUGUUAUUGUGGCUCAGUGUGGAGCCAAAAACAACAGCAGGAGAAUUUACGCGGAUAACGGCGCAGCGGCUGCAGCAUCAGGAGACAUGGGGAAGGUGGAAGGAGGAAUGAAAUGUGUCAAAUACCUUUUGUUCAUCUUCAACUUCAUAUUCUGGUUGAUGGGUUCCUUUGUUCUGGCUGUGGGGCUGUGGCUGCGCUUUGACCCUGAAACUGUCUCUCUGCUCAGUGGUGAUAAGGCACCGGACACCUUCUUCAUCGGGGUGUAUAUACUGAUUGGUGCAGGCAGCCUGGUGAUGUUGGUUGGUUUUUUCGGCUGCUGUGGAGCUGUGCGGGAAUCGCAGUGCCUCCUGGCAUCAUUCUUUGCCUGUUUGUUGAUCAUCUUUGGAGCUGAGGUGGCAGCAGGAGUGUUUGGAUUCUUAAACAAAGACAAGAUUAUUGAAGAUGUUCAGAACUUCUAUACAAGAACUUACAAUGAGAACAACAACAGCACCGUGAUCAUCUCAUAUCAGAAAGUACUGAAAUGUUGUGGAACCUCAUCAAACCCCUGCCCUGAUCCCAAACCAGACACCAAGGACUGUGAGACGGGCAUCAAGGAGUUCUUCAACAAUAAACUCUACAUCAUUGGGUACGUGGGCAUCGGCAUCGCGGGAGUCAUGAUCAUCGGGAUGAUCUUCAGCAUGGUUCUCUGUUGUGCUAUUCGCAACAGCAGGGAGGUCAUAUAAGCUGAAUCUUGAUGGCUGCUACCCCUCACCUCCAACUUAUUUGCCGCUGAGAGACUAUACAGCCGUCAGAACAAAAUGUCAAAGUUCUGUCCAUCAUCCAUUCAGGGACCCGGGAACUUCAUCUACAAAUUCUUCCACCUUGGUGGCCUGACCUUUAUUUUCUGUGAGGGAUUCUUUACUAUUGAAUCUGUCUUCCAUAGCAGUCUGGUGUGAACAUAUCUUGUGGGAGGAUCAUGUUUUCAGUAUGUUACUUUUUUUUUUGUCCGUCGCUAUAAAUUUUAACACUCCUGCCAAAGUAUCACUGGUUUUUCACACAGCCUUGACACUGACCCUUCGGCUGUGGGAAAUUUCAUCCUGAGGUGAAAGCAGAUGAGUUUGCUUUAUCAGUGCGCGUGCGCACACAUACACAGGUUUGAGCAGCUAUUCUUCUUAGGACACUACAUUGACUUUCAUUCAUUUGGACAGACUAAGCAAUUACCUGUUUAACUAAACAGCAUUAAAGAGAUACACACAGAUACCACACACGAACACACACACAGUUUACAUAUAAACGCUGCAGUGUUGUGUUACAUGAGACCACAGCCUUAAAAAGGGUUGCCUGGUUGGAAGUCCUGAUUGGUGGAAGUGGGGCAGCCAGUGAAUGUUUUGAGAAUGUAUCUCUCACACACACACACACACACACACACACAAACACACACAGGUUUGUGCAGCUAUUCCUCUUAGGACCCUGCAUUGACUUCCCUAACCUUAACCAUAACCAGUUAAUGCCUAUCCCUAACCUUUACCUAAUUCAAAUCUUAGCCCUAAACCUAACCAGGUCCUUGGUCUCCACGAGGACUACUGGUUCUGACAUGGUCAGCAUUUAUCCACACACACACACACACACAGCAAACUGUACAGUCAAUACAGGAUCCUGUUUAGAUCCUGUUUACAAGGCAAAACCAUAGUUACCUUAAAGGGAAAGUGUGCUGCUUUGGAAAAUACUCUCAAUUACCCGCUUGUUUGAAAAAUUGUGACCACUAUUAAUACGUCUAUAACAAUAAAAAAAGAACAACAAUUACGUAAUUACUGAUUCAUCCACUGAUUUUAUUUAUGUCAAUGCUGCAUCGAAAUUUAAAAGCAAGCAAUGCCAAAUUCUUUCUGAGGAAUGCAUUGUGACCUAUACCACUUCCUACCCCGUAAUUAUAUCCUUGCCCUCUUAUGUAAGAGUGUGUAUAUUGUUUUGAGAAGACCUGGUGUUUUCAUGCUUAAUAUAUACAACUGAACCUUUGAGUCCUUCUUACUACGGUCAUGUUCCCUGUGUGCCUUUAAAUGACACCACCAACAAAAGAAAUUGCAGGAAACCAACCUCUAUAUCCCCACACUUUAAGUCGAUCCAGGUUAAAUCAGGUCAUUGGUUUAUUCCAGAUGUCAGGACUGUAGUAUGUAUAUUUGUGUAAGUUUGUUUUCAGUAGUUGUGAAGUGUUUGUGGCUUAUGUAACUAUUUAACACGAUGUGUGCUGACAGAGGCUUACAGUAAUUGUUCAGUGUUGUCGUAAAUACAGUGUAGCCAUGUGGGACGGAUUCACACAGCCAAACUUGUUUCUUAACGUGCCUUUCUUUAAAAAACAAAAAGCAAAAACAGCUGUUUCGGACUGAACAUAGUUAUAGUGUACAUAUGCCCGCUGGAAUCCUCUUAUUUGUUCUGGUUGAGGAAUGAAGCACUUAAUCUUGGUUUUGAUCAAAUCUUUUUGGAUGAAUUGAGUCUGCAUGAUUGAAUCAUCAUGUUUCUCACCUAAAAUUACAAAAACAUGCAUGUCAGUGGGACAGUGUUUUAACCGCUGGUGGUGCUUUUUGAUGAAACGAGGGUGAUGUAACCAUGUCCAUGUGGUCGAGACACACAAAGCCCCUGGUUAUUGACUUAUCCUUGUUCAUAUUGAUGGUCAUUUACACUACAUGUCUGUAGCUCACAUUAACUGGGUUAGAUCUAUGCUAUAGUUUCAACAGUUUCAAACAUUCCAACAUUUUAUGUGACAUUUCCCACGGUCUGCACAAAAGUACAAUAGCAACGUUUUUCGUAGGCACACGUGAAUGUUUGCUUACCAUUGCAGGAAAUUGGGAUGUUUGAGAUUCCGUGGCGUUAAAAAGGAACCAGAAACAGAUUAGUGCUGUAGUUGUUGUUAUUUUUUCACAUGUGAGCUUCUAAAACAUUUGUACACAGUCAAGCCUUGUAUAGAUGGUUGUGUGAUAUUUUAUUUGAAUACCAUCCCAGUCUUUUCAGGAAGAUAUGUGAUUGAAGUUAAAUAAAGCUUUAAAGUUUUACACAGUU